AUGAAUGUUACCAGCAAAGGGUAUUAUACGUCAGAUUACCUCAAUAACGUCACCAGAAAUCGACAUGUUGGGCUGCCUGAUAACGAAAGGAAGCAAUAUGAUUACUUCAGUCGGAACAGAGCCCAUAGUCCACGUACAGCCACAAGUAUUACAGGAGAUGGUUCACCGAGCUCGACUAGGUCAAGGACUCCUGUGGCUAGAUCCAGGACACCAUUAUCACGGCCAAGGACACCUUCAGAGAUGAAUGAUGCAAAAGGCGCAAGGCCCCAAUGUUCAGAGAGUUCGAGCCUGCCAGGGUCGCCAUUAUCAUCUCCAGUUGUGGAAAACUUCAAUGCAACCAUGGGGAAAGCAUCAGGGACCAAGUCUGCUUCUAAGGAAGACGUUAUCUAUGAUCCGGAUUACUUAGAGCAAGGAAUAACCCCGGCGGAGUUAAAUGUUCUUCAGAAUAAGAACUCUCCAAGUUACCCACAAAAGAUUCCAAGAGAUAAAGCGUUGAUAAACGGAAAGUCAAUUAGACAGCCUGUAAAGUAUUCUCAGGGGGACUAUUACAUUAAGCAGAAGCAAAGGUAUGAUGGUUCUCCAUACAAACCCAAGUUUUAUACUCAUAAGACGUUCCGGGAUGUUUUUGAAGAUGAGCAGGAGUUACUGGAAAAAUAUAACCCUAUGGAAUCCGUAUUUGAUGACCCUGAAACGAAAAGGGAACAGGAUCAAAGUCAGAGACUUAAAAGAGCUUUUAAAACAAUUCAGACUAAACUAGGUAAAGAUAACUACAACGAAUACGAUUAUUAUAAAAAUAGAGAUAUAUCUCCCAGCGAAAGGAGGGAUGUAUUUAUUAAUGCAACGGCCACUAACACUGGCAAUGAUGACGACGAAAAUGACUUGAACAAUAAAAUAUACUUGACGGAAGAAGAAAGGAAGCAAUUGAAGAAAAAUAAAAACUUUAAAAAUGUAUGGAAAAGAAAGUUGAAGAAAGCUUCAAAAGAAUUAGGUAAGGAUUAUUCCAAUAAUCUUAAUUACUCAAAUGGUCGGAUAGAGGAUAUUCCAUCAGCUGAACCAAUAGUACUUGAACCAGAAGAACCAAAGGAGAUAGGUAAUUUAGGUACCUCUUCCAGUAACGGUCCAGAAUUUCAUCCUCUAUGGAACUAUAUACUAUCUUGGUUGGCGUAUGAUCAAACUGAACCACCAGCGUGUCAAGAGGAACCAAUAGCUAAUAAUAACUUUAGAUCAAAAAUGAAACACGGUAUGAAUAAAGAUGCCGUCAAAUUCGACAUGAGAAACAUAAAGAAAAAUUAUAAAGGCGUGGUAAACAGAUGGGGUCAGCCAGCUUCUGCAUUAUUUAAUAAUGGGCAAAUUCCUCGGAAUCAAAAAGGCUUAAUGAGGAACCUGGGGGGUUCAGUAAUUGCGGCUCCUCCAGGAAUGCUCGAUGAUCUGUCACAAGAGUUUGUUAUCGAAGUUGAUGAUGGAAAUGACGAAGAAAGCUAUGUAGAUGAGGAACUAUACUAUGAUCCUACUAGUAGGCAGUUGCAAAGAAAUCCACCGACGUCAUUUUCGUCCUUAUAUCCCCAAACCAGGUUUAACAAGCAGAGAAGACAAUCGGUCUUGGACUCAUCAAAAGGUCCGGUUGCUAUCAUUUCAAAUUUGAACACUCUCAUUAAGAAUAUUAAAAUAAUGAGAAUUAUUUUUGCACCCAUCGAUAUUAUUGCUAUGAAUUUUCCAAACUUGCAGACGUUAGUAAUAAUGAUUGAGUUAGUGAUCUUUUUAUGGCUCCUCUACGAAUUGAGUCUCUUAAUUGAUGCAUUGUGCAUGAUGGUGAAAGCUGUAUGUGCACCUAUGAUUGCAAUGGGAAGAUUCAUGAAUAGAAUUAUGUAA